AAACGUUYCCUCCCGCAGAUUUACGAGGUGCUGAGCGUGAUCCGCGACAUCGGGGCCACGGCGCAGGUGCACGCCGAGAAUGGGGACAUCAUUGCUGAGGAGCAGCAGAGGAUCCUGGAGCUGGGGAUCACUGGUCCUGAAGGGCACGUGCUGAGCAGACCUGAGGAGGUGGAGGCAGAGGCUGUCAACCGCGCCAUCACCAUCGCCAACCAGACCAACUGCCCGCUGUACAUCACCAAGGUGAUGAGCAAAAGCGCCGCCGACGUCAUCGCCCAGGCCAGGAAAAAGGGUGAUGACCCCGUGCUGUCCCCCCAGGUGACCGGCAAGAUGGACGAGAAUCAGUUUGUGGCCGUGACCAGCACGAACGCGGCCAAAAUCUUCAACCUGUACCCGCGGAAGGGCCGCAUCGCCGUGGGCUCCGACGCCGACCUGGUCAUCUGGGACCCCGACAGCGUCAAGACAAUCUCUGCCAAGACCCACAACAUUUCCCUGGAGUACAACAUCUUCGAGGGCAUGGAGUGCCGUGGCUCUCCUCUGGUGGUCAUCAGCCAGGGCAAGAUCGUGCUGGAGGAUGGCAACCUGCACGUGAGCGAGGGUUCGGGGCGCUACAUCCCCCGCAAACCCUUCCCCGACUUCGUCUACAAGCGCAUCAAAGCCAGGAGCAGGCUGGCCGAGCUGCGGGGCGUUCCCCGCGGUCUCUACGAUGGCCCCGUGUGCGAGGUGUCGGUGACGCCCAAGACGGUGACGCCGGCGUCGUCCGCCAAAACCUCCCCGGCCAAGCAGCAGGCGCCGCCCGUCCGGAACCUGCACCAGUCCGGCUUCAGCCUGUCCGGUACGGCUGGGGGAUUUAUUGAUCACUGA